AUGAAUGCGCCACCGGACAGAAUGAUUGCUCACGCGAAGCGAUCUGUACUGACACAGAGGACAGCUACGUUUGUGCCUGUCCCGCCACCCAUAUCGAUUUAUCAGCUGAUCCUAAUUUGCCGUCCAGCUUUGGUAGAUGAAUGCCGUCUGGGAAAACACGACUGUCACAGCGAUGCAUUCUGUCAGGACCUUCCUCAAGGCUACACCUGCAGAUGUAAGCCGGAAUUCUUGGACCAAUCUCCUCAUCGUGCUACUCAUCCAGGCCGACUUUGUGUGCCACGUCCGACACCUCCUCCGCCCGAAUGCCGAAUAGAUGGCCCCAAUCAGUGCAAAGCUCACUUGAAUGAGGUCUGCCGUCUUGUGAAUGGCGAACCGAAAUGCGCCUUGAUCAACGAGUGCGACUUUCCACAACUUGUUGACUGCCAUCCAUCAGCCGAUUGCAUUGACCAACUCGUCGGAUACACAUGUCGCUGCAAGAGUGGUUUUAAGGAUAUUGGAGAUAAACCUGGCAGAAUGUGCAAACCUCUUGUGAACGAAUGCCAGUUCCCUCAUCUCAACGAUUGCCAUCAAAAUGCUCAGUGCAUCGACCAAGAAGAGGGUUAUGAGUGCAGAUGUAAUCAAGGAUUCAUGGAUCGUUCUCGAGGACGACCAGGUCGCAUUUGCAAGCAGCUCAUCGAUGAAUGUGCGAAUCAAGGAAUGAACAGCUGUGACAGAAACGCAAGGUAAAA